AUGCAAAUUCCACCAUUACUUCGCCUGGUUUUCAAUGCCUUUCCAUUGAGAUCGUACAAAAAUGAAGAAGAAGAUAAAUCAGUCACCAAAGAAGGUAGAUAUAGAUUUAUCCAUCAGGAAAGUUUUGAAGUUAGUGGAAGACAGCUCACAUUAGCUGUUCAUAACAUUCGUGAAAUAUCUUUGAAUGCAGAUGUGGUAAAAUUUAUUCCAACCGAUCCUACUAGCCUUGCUGCCUCAUUGUUGCUAUGUUACAAAUAUAAAUUUCUGUUGCCAAGUGAAAACAUGGCAGACAAGCCAGGUCACGCAAUUGUUUCGUUGUCAUAUCUAGCAUCGCCUAACGGCGAGCUACCGAUGCUUAUUGAGACAAGUGGAGAUACGAAAAGCAAUUCGAAAGUUGUCUCUGGGGCUGAGUUAAUGAUUACAGAUUAUUUCGUGGGAGAAGGGAUUCUUGAUGCUAUAUUUGAUGAGUUUUUAAAAAGUUUGAAUGAUUUGUGGAUUCUUAUCUUGCUCACAAAAGUUUCACGUGGAUACCCAAGCUCAUUCAGAAACUUAUUUCACAUGGACCCUGAAUUCCAGGGCGAGAACGAGCUUUCCAAGCAGAUCAUCGAUAAGCUUUUAAGCGACAUACGGUCUUCGGAUGCUUUUUCGGUUAGAUAUCCCAAUGUUUCGUCAAAUUUCGCAAUGACUGUGAAUACAGUGCAAGAAUGGAUGUUAGGUUCUCCAAAAACCCAUACGGCUCUAGAAAAAGUAUGCGCAAGCAAGUUGGUUGAGUUUGAAAAUCUGAUUCCCCAAUUUUUGUGCUACUUGUCAUCAGGUGACCAAUCAGAGACCAGAAGCAAAAAGAUGAUUCAGUUCAGAUUUGUGUCGUUUGUUAUCUGUGUUGAGUAUCUUAUAGCAUCUGGUGUAAAUUUACCGUUCUCGCGCAAGGAUGACUUUGAUGAUGCUUUUGAAUACAGUAAGCGAAUUUUGAUGCAAUUUUAA